AUGCUCCUCCAAUCUCUCGCGGCGGUCCUACUCGGCGCCGCCGGCCGGGCCGAGCUCUUCCUCGAGGCCGACGUCGCGGCGUUGUCGGAGCGCGCGCGACACGCGCUGCGCCGCCACUGGGAGGGCAACCCGCGCGCGCGCAAGCCGCGCUUCCUGGUCAACGACGAGAUGCUCGCGAGCAUGCCGCUCCUGCGGGAGGGCCUCUGCCGCUUCGAGGGCCGCUUUCGGGCCGCGCGGCCGCCGCGGCGGGCUCGGCGCCGCCCGUUUGGCGUCGUUUUCGUCGGCGACAGCACGAUGCGGAACCUGUUCCACGCGCUGUGCCUCGCGAUGAACGUGCGGCAGCGCGGCGACGACCAGGGCGCGCAGCCCGUGGCGACGUGCGCGGGGCGCCUCGCCGCGCCGGCGGCGCGCGCGAGGCGGCGUCGCGGCGAGUGCGGCUGCGCCGAGGAGGCCGCCUUUCGCGCGACGCGCGAGUGUGGCUGCGCCGGGUCCCUGCUGCUGAGGCCCGACGUCGCGGCCGCGUACGCCGGGAGCACGGACGUCGACCCCCGGGCCGUCGGCCGGGCGGCGGGCGCGCUGGGCGGGCCGGUCGACGCCGUCGUCUUCGGCGCGGGCCUGCGUGGAAAUCAAGCGGUGACUUCGGCUGUCCUGAGAACUAUUGCGGAGACCUUCGUGAGCCUCCACGCCAUCGAGCCGCUGCGGUCGCGGGGACGACGUCGCGUCGACGGCGUGAAGCCUCCGCGCCAUCGAGCAGACGCAGCUACGGAGACGACGUCGCGUCGAUGGCGUGGGGCGCCCGAAAUUUGAUUGCCACGUAGGUGCGGGCCUGUGGCUGCAGUGGCCGACGCCGUUCGCCCCGGCGCCGGCGGCGUGGACGUCGUACGCCGGCUUCGUCGGCUACGAGGCCGCGCUGCGGCGGGCCGCGGGGCAGUACGCGCGCGACGCGCCGGGCGCGACCGUCGUGGCGUCGACGACGCACUCGCAGUGCGACGCCGCCUUCACGCGCGACUUCCGGCGGGUCGCGGACGAGGCGCGGCGGCGGGGCCGCGUGGCCGCGUCGGCGGGCUGCGCGGCGUGGCUCCGCGACCGCUUCGGCGACGUCGACGCCGCGCGCCACUGCGCGGCGGGGCUGCGCGGGCGGGACGCGUCGGCGGCGCUGAACGCGCGGCUGCGCUCGGCCCUGCCCGACGUCGACGUCGUCGACGCGUUCGCGCUCACGGACGGCCGCUGCGAGGAGAACCUGCCCGGCGACGCGAUGCACUUCCACGGCCUGUUGUACGACGAACUGACCCUCGUCCUGGAGGCCCUGGGCUGGCGGCCGACGGCGCGGCCGGUGGGCUGCCCGCGCGCGCGGCGCGGCUGGAACGCAUCCUCCGCCGCGGAGACGUCUGAGGCGCCGCGGCGGCGAGUUGUUGUGUAA